AAAAAAAAUAUUUUCACCCGGAAAAUAUUUAAGCAAACCAGCACAGUUUGAAGAAUUAGAAUUGUUCAUUUUCUAGAUUUGAUAUCACUUUCGUUGAGGCGUUGUGAUAAGAAACCCUCCAUUGAGUAAACUCCGAGUUAACUACAUAUUAGGUAAUGUUAACGUGCGAUAUCGAUUUAUCAAGGGCUUACGUUAAUAUCAGCCAAGAGUCGGGGGACGGGUAACGCGGGGGCGGGGUACCCAAGUAACGUCAACUCAUAUCAUCCCUUCCUCCUUGAAUCUUCAUAUUUCAAGCUUCUGUAAACCAACCAGAAGAACACCCAACACAAACGCAAACCCCGCCAACGAAAUCACAACCGCAAUUGCAAAAUCGCAACCAUGGCCGACGCAGCCGCGCUCCUCAAGCUCGCCGAAACCGACGUCUCGCAAGAGAUAACCAAAGACCAAUACAUCCCCGUGCUAACGCAACCGCCCUUCGUCUUCGUCGACGGCACCUUCAACACGCGGGACAUCGGGCUGGUCCCGGGCAGCCCUCUCAAACCCGGGUACGUCUUCCGGUCCGGCGCGCUGGCGCAGCUGUCGGAGAACGGGAAGGCCGUGCUAGGCGGCAAGAUGGGCGUGAAGCGCGUGUUCGACCUGCGGUCGCCGGAGGAGCGCGGGAAGGCGCCUGACCCUGUGUUGGAUGGGGUGGAACAUACUUGGAUCGAAAGCUCGAGGCCGGAUACGACGCCGGAUUUGGACCGCUUUGCGUUGGGGGAUGGGGAGGAGGGGUACCGUGAGAUGUAUCUCGAGGUUGUGGAUGUGUACCGGGAGAGCUGGAAGGCGAUUCUAGAACAUAUUCGGGAUCGUCCGGAGGAUCCGUUCUUGGUGCAUUGUACUGCCGGACGUGACAGGACCGGCGUUCUAGCGGGUCUACUACUCACCCUCGCCGGUGCGCCGCACGAUGUCGUGGUCCUAGACUAUCUGCUAUCGCGGAUAGGGACGGAACCCGUGCGGUUGAUGCUCCUAGACUUCGCGGUCAAGGGCACGAAUGCGAAAAGCCACGACCAACCGGGCUUUUAUAAUCUGAUCAACCUGCGAGCCUCGAGCUGGGCUGCGUUUGUCGACGGCGUGCAGAAAGAACACGGAGGCUUCGAACAAUUCAUCACGGAUAAGCUGGGCUUCUCAAGUGAUGACCUGACCAAGAUCAAAGUGAACCUGACAAGCCCUUGAGCGUUUCGCUGAGCAGAUAUCUUGAUGAAGAAGGAGCAUAUUGAAGUUUAGAGCAAGUGAUACCAUUGAUGCCAGGAUCGUCAUGAGUAAUAAGAUGUCUUGAAGGGGUGACACAGUGGAGUGUGGUAUCACAAUUAACUAUGGGGUUUGUUCGGAAAGCUGUGAGAGGUCUGAUUUUUCUAAUCAGCCCCUACGGUAGUUAUAUUUAGCAAGAUCUAUGACAUACCUACAACUGUCGAAAUGGGUCCCCACCACUAGGUAGUUAGCCAUCUACCGAUGGCCUUAAUUCUGAGAGCACUAUCUUAGAGCCCUAGACUAGGUAUAUAGUAUUUAGUAGUUAUUGUUAUUAUAGCGUAACCGUUCCCGAUAUCUCGGAAAAGUGUGGAUACAAUAAUAGGUAGGUGGGUUGCAUGUUAUUGAAUUGUUCGGGCAUUCUACCAAUAGAAAC